AUGGAAUACUAUAAAUGCCCGGUCGAAGAUCUAUGGCGAGAGGUAAAUCGGCGCAAGCUGGGACUGCCCUUGAGACCCCGGGACGAGCUGAGCGAGGCUUUGGCGAACGACGACGAGCGAAGAGGAUCCGAAGCAACGACGGUGGAAACCAUAAUCCAAGGCGGCUUCAUUCCCAAAAACGUCAAUCUGGGGCACACAGCCGAGUUUGGAUCGACAGUCGUGGCCAACCAACUCGUCGACGAAAAAAUCAUCUACUGGACCAUGAAUACUUUCUUCCCGACCAUCCAGCUCUUUUUCGAGUCCGGCCGUUCUUGUACCAUCGACGGCGGCCAGCUGCCGGACGCAAGAAUAGGUCUGGAUUCGGCUCUUCAAUUCCAGUUGACAGAUUGCGCACACGAAGAGGAUGGUCGUGUUACCAAUUCCCUUCUCCCUACAACAUACUCAGGGCCUGGAACUGGCAUGGCUAUCAAGGAAGUAGUCAUCGCCCAACGAACCAGCAUCGCACUGCAGCCGAUACACCCAGAAGACGCCAAGCGGUGGACAGAGCUAGAUCGCCCUCACACGAGGAUCGCAACGGAAACGCAUACAGUUGUUGGAAUAAGAUUGAGGGGUAUGGAUAGGCUGGCCUACAUAUGGGCGAAAGUUAAAAAUGCUCCGGCAACACGAGUUUGGAGCGACGUCAGGAUAGCUGGGCUGCGAAACGAUGUGCCAGUACCAAAUGCAUGGCAGCCAGAACGUCCCAUAAAGCCAGGAGCUGAGAAAACCGUGGUAGUCAAAAACAGCCUGAUUACGCGCAAUUCUGGAGCGGCCUAG